AUGCCACCCAUACCGCCGCACAAACACCCUCUCCCGCGCCUCAUAACCUACUACCAGACCCACCACACGCCCUCGGGCGAACACAUCUCGGUGCUCCCGCUCCUCACGCAGCCCUCCAUAUCCCUGACACACCUCAUCCUCGCAGCAUGCCACAUCAACGAGCCCCCCUCCCAGCUCACCCUCAACGACCACCCGCCGUCGCACCCGCGCUUCCAGACCCUCUGGGCCGAGCUCCGCGUCCUCCAGGCCUCCGGCGUCAAGGUGCUCCUCAUGUUGGGCGGCGCAGCGCAGGGAACCUACCAGCGCCUAGAGUCGGACCAGUUCGAAGCCUACUACGCGCCGCUGAAGCAGCUCAUCCGCGAGAGAAAUCUAGACGGCGUCGAUCUGGACGUCGAGGAGCCCAUGAGCCUAGGCGGCAUCAUCAGAUUGAUCGACAGGUUGAGGGCCGACUUUGGCCCCGGCUUCGUCAUCACCCUGGCCCCCGUAGCCAUGGCGCUGCUGGAUCCGGAGAAGAAUCUGAGCGGCUUUGACUACGAGGCGCUCGAGGUCAUGAGGGGCAAGGAGAUUGCCUGGUACAACACGCAGUUUUACUGCGGAUGGGGCAAUCUAACAAACACCCUGAUGUACGACUUGAUGCUCCAAAAGGGUUGGAGCCCCGAAAAGUUGGUUGUGGGCGUCGUCACAAAUCCGGCUAAUGGCUCUGGGUUUGUGCCGUGGGAGAUGCUCUCCGCCAUUUUGGCCAUUUUGCACAGGCGCCAUCGGAACUUUGGAGGAGUCAUGGGCUGGGAGUAUUUCAACAGUCUCCCUGGUGACGCGAGCCGGCCUUGGGAAUGGGCAGGCAACAUGUCGUCGUUGCUAAGAGCACACUCGCUAGGCCCUGUUCCAACGCCAGCCGGCACAGAUAUUCAGCCCAGUGUCGAUGGCGAGGUGGACCCGGAUCCUAUUAACAAUCGUCCUUUGGAGGUGCCCAAGAGUUUUGACUACUACUCCGAUGGCACAGACCACGAAUAG